AUGAAGGCAUUAAUAGGAUUGGACUUUGUGGCGGUGGGAGGUGGCGCUAUUAAGCCCGCUCUUGGCGAGCUUCUCGUCUCUAGCGGAGUCAAGCUGCUUAACCACUAUGGUGCCACAGAAAUUGGAGCUAUAGCCCCGAUUUUUGUGCCAGGAGAGGACUAUGACUGGAACUACCUGCGCAUCCGAACCGACAUGGGACUUGAGAUCAAUGAAGUCGAGAAGGUGGACGAAAAUGGUGAUCCGCUCUACCAGUUGGUCGGCUACCCCUUCGGUUGGGGUAGCCCUUUUGUCGUCCAAGACCUUUUACGUCGGCGACCUGGAUCUGCUCAUACAGAAGUGGCUAUCCUGGGUCGUAAUGAUGAUCUUUUAGUCUUGUCAACGGGAGAAAAGAUUCUUCCGAAUCAGCUCGAGACCAGACUUUGCAGGCGGGAAGGGGUCAAGACAGUGCUUGUGUUCGGCCAAGACAGAGAAGAAGUUGGGGUUCUCAUAGAACCAGAAGAACAUCUUCGGAAUACUGAAGUGGAGCAUUUCGUGGAGCGAAUGUGGUCGGUAUUGCUGGAGGAGAACAACUCACUGGAUCGCCAUGCCCGUAUCGCUUCAAAAGGCAUGAUCCUGAUUAAAGAUGCGGACAGGGCCUGGCCAAGAACGGAUAAAGGAUCUAUUAUGCGUCGUGAGACGUAUAAUCUCUUCUGCGAAGAGAUUGCAGAGGCCUAUGCCGCCUCUGGCCCCUCAGACUCCUUUUCUUUCAGUCUGGGAAGUAAUCUUGACGAGAUUAUCAGCAACCUACGUGCAAUGGUGCAGAGUUGCGUUCAAGACCGGGAUAUUUCUGUUGCUGACUGGGCAGAUUCUGAUGACUGGUUCGAGCUGGGCAUGGACUCCCUGGAAGCAACUCGUUUGGCUCGCAUGUUGAACCACGUUUCAGACAAAGACUCAUUUCCGGCACUGACCCGCCAGAAAUUGCAACCUGCCUUCAUCUACCAACAUCCGAACUUCAAGGUCUUAUCUGAGUACUUGCUAGCAGAUACUAGUGGCGAGGAAACCAACGGUCAUUCAUCUCACUCGGCGAUAGACCAGAUGAUUGAUCUAGUGUCCAAGUACACCCCCGCCCGUUCUUCAGGCUGGGUGAUAUUACUCACUGGUGCGACGGGUCACCUUGGUGCACAUCUAUUGGAACAAUUGUCAUGCAAUUCGAACGUAUCGCAGGUUAUCUGUCUCAGUCGGCUUCGUCAGCAACAAGAUCCCCAGUAUCGGCAACAGCAAGCUAACAACAGGCACCGAAUCACCCUUUCAGAAGCCGCGUGGGCGAAAGUUAGAUUUUUAACUUCAAGUCAAUUACACCAGCCUGAUUUGGGCUUACCACAUAAAGAAUAUCGCCGCCUGGUACAAACGGUGACCCAUAUUGUGCACAAUGCCUGGCCAAUGGAUUUUCAGAGGGGUCUUUCUUCGUUUGAAGCGCAGAUCCAAGCUGUGCGGAGGUUGGUUAUUCUUUGCGAAGAUUGUCAGAAAAAGCCAAGAUGCUUGCCUUCUCCCCGGCUGCUUUUCACAUCUUCCAUUGCCGUUGGCGCACGCAAUUCAAGUGGAAGACUGCCGGAAGAGCCAAUCUCUGACCCUUCGACUACCGCAAAUCUUGGAUAUGCUCAAGCCAAGUGGGUCUGUGAACAAAUUAUUAUUGACGCAGCCAAGACCCGGAGCGAUCUCCUGCAUCCAAGUAUUUUACGCCUUGGUCAGUUGACAGGUGGCAUGAUCUCGGGGAUCUGGAACUCCAACGAGCACUUCCCAGCACUUCUCAAGGCAUCUCAGAUCAUCGGAUGCUUACCCGAGCUAAACGGAGUGAGUAACAUUUGUGUAAAUUUUGAGUAA